AAUAAAAGGAAUAGAGGAAUUUAAGUAGGGUGAGUUGAGUGAAGAGAAGAAAGAAAAAUAGAUAGAUGAUAGGGGGAGGAGGGAUGGCGGCCACCGCUGUGGCUGGGCGGUGGCAACCGCCAAACAUUAGGGUUAGGAAUGAGAGGAAAAGAGUAAGAGUUGUGAAAGUGAAAGCCUUUGGAAAGGGUAAUAAUAUGAAUAUGGAUAGGGUUUUGAAGGAGGCAUGGCGAAGUGCCAACGAUGGCUUUGAGCGCUUCCUCUUCGAAGCCAAGAAGACUGCGGAGCGCAUCGACCGCCGUUAUUCCGUUUCGCACCGCCUCUCCUCCGUCGCCAGGGCCGCCGCCGACCGAGCACGCGAGAUUGAUCGUGACUUCGAGAUUGGACAACGGUACCGCGCUCUCACCAUCGAUUUCCAGAGAAACUGGCCCAAGUACAGGAAGCAGCUGAGUAGCUUUCUCGAUAGUCCACUCGGAAAGAGCUUUACUACAAUUUUCUUCCUAUGGUUCGCAUUGUCUGGUUGGCUUUUUCGCUUCCUCAUUAUUGCCACGUGGGUACUUCCAUUUGCUGGACCUCUUCUCAUUGGCACCAUAGCCAAUUCCUUAGUUAUAAAGGGUACCUGUCCCGCUUGCAAGAUGCAAUUUGCUGGUUACAAGAACCAAAUAAUUCGAUGUACAGGUUGUGGCAACAUUGUGUGGCAACCCAAAGGGGAUUUCUCUUCCAGAGGUGGUAGAAGCGCCUCUUCAUCCAAGUCUGACCCUGAUAUUAUUGAUGUUGACUUUGAGGAGAAAUGAAGACAUCACCAGUUAUCACUCUCCAUUUGCCUUUACAAACAGAUGAAUAGACAAUGCGUUCAGCGACUGCACAUUUAUUCUGUCUUCACUUUCUUUAUAAUUCAAGUUUGUUCUUACAUAGUUGCUGUAUGAAGCGCUUACAGAGUUAGUUCAAUUGCAUCCAAAUUUGUAAAUCUUUCUUUAUGUUAUGAUAGCAGAGAUGGGAUGGGGAGGAAAAGGGAACAAAAA